CGAUCUUAUAACUUUGGUGUCGGUGGCGUUCCGAAAUAAUCAGACGCGGGCACGUAAGGAAAAAUGAAGACGGUAAUAAUAUUUUGUGUGAUAUCAUUAUACGUGGCUGCCGGCCACGGUGAACGAGAAUGGUGGCGGACAAUGUCGCUUUAUCAGAUUUAUCCCAGGAGCUUUAAGGACAGCAACGGAGACGGCGUGGGUGAUUUAAAAGGUAUCAAAAGUAAGCUGAAUCAUCUGCCCGAGUCGAACAUUGACGCUUUCUGGGUGUCCCCAAUUUAUCCUAGCCCAAUGGUCGAUUUCGGUUACGAUAUAUCCAACUUCGUCGACAUCGAUCCAAUUUUCGGCACAAUACAGGAUUUUGAGGAUUUGCUGGACACCGCGCACAACAUGUCCUUGAAGAUGAUCAUGGACUUGGUCCCCAAUCAUUCCUCGGAUAAGCACGAAUGGUUUCAGAAAAGUUUGCAGAACAUCGAACCAUACACUGAUUACUAUGUGUGGCGCAAUGGUACAGUGCUUGAAAAUGGUACCGUUGUACCACCGAAUAAUUGGGUGAGUGUGUUCGCUGGAUCGGCUUGGACGUGGCGGAUGGAACGCCAGGCGUAUUAUCUUCACCAAUUUGCGCCGGAACAACCAGAUCUGAACUUCAAUAACGAAAACGUCGUACGGGAGAUGCAGGACGUGAUGAGGUUCUGGUUGAACAAAGGUGUGGAUGGCUUUAGAGUUGAUGCUAUACUACAUCUCUGCGAAGAUGACCGAUUUCUAGACGAGCCACUGUCAGGAGAUACCAAUAAUCCGAAUGAUUAUGGAUACACAGUGAAAACGUUCACAAAGGAUCAACCAAAAACUUACGAGAUAGUAAAGGGCUGGAGUGAGGUUCUGAAGGAGUACGAGGACAGCAAGGUGAUGAUGAUGGAAGCUUACACCGAUAUACCAAUGACGAUGAAGUAUUACGAAGCUGGAGCGAGUUUCCCCUUCAACUUUGGAAUGAUUACGGAUGCGAAUAAAUCUUCAACGGCGGAAGAUUUCAAAAAAUUGAUCGAUAGGUGGAUGUCGAACAUGCCAACUGGCGCCGCGGCUAACUGGGUGGUUGGCAACCACGAUAAACCCAGAUUGGUGACUCGAUUCGGGUCUAAACGGGCUCGUGCUGUCACCCUGAUGACGCUUUUACUGCCCGGUGUCAGCGUGACAUAUAACGGCGAAGAGAUCGGCAUGGAGGACACUUGGGUCUCCUGGGAAGAUACCAAGGACCCGCAAGGAUGCAACGCCGGUCAUAAUAGAUUCGAACAGAUGUCUAGGGAUCCUGCUAGAUCACCAUUCCAAUGGGACAACACCACAUCCGCUGGAUUUUCUGCAAACCCAAAAACCUGGCUCCCAAUUAACGACAACUAUAAAACCAUAAAUCUAGCUACGGAGAAGGAACAAAUAAAUUCAUACUACAAUUUCUAUAAGGCUAUGUCAUGGCUGAAGAAAGCGCCGUUCGUUGUAAAUGGAAACUUAACUACGACUGUGUUGAACAAUAGAGUUUUACUGAUCUCCAGGGAAACCGCGGAGGACGGAUCUGUUAUUGCAGUAUUAAACCUUAGUAACAAGGCAGAAUACGUUAACUUAUCACAGUUCGAUAACGUAUCGUGUGGACUGAAUCUGUAUUACGCCACUGAUGGCAGUAACUUGGUACCGGGGCCUGUGCCAUGUCACACCCAGAAUGUGUACGUACCUGCGUCUGGAAUAGCAGUUUUUAUCCGGCAUUAGGAUAAGAAGUGGAAAUGAAGUAUCGUAGGACUACAAUCAUCUUUACAAGCAUUAUUUUAUCAAAUCUACCGAACUAUGUAACGAGUUAUUCAAAUAUGUUUGCUGUUGGCAGUUCAACACUUCAACAUUGUUAC